UCUGUCUCUCUCAACUGGGGGAAAUGUCGACCCUCUUCAUCGCGGUUCAGUGCUUCCAUUGUUCGACCAUGCAGGUUAAGCAGCAGAAGAAGGGCAGCAACAAGUGGGUCUGCGCGGUCUGCAACCAGAGGCAGUCGGUGCGGCGGAUCCACGCCCAGGGCCCCCUCGCCCGCGACCUCCGCCACUUCGUCCAGGCCUUCAACAUGUCCCGAUCGGACGGCUCCCAUCCGAUCCCGCCCCCAUCGGAGGGCUCCCGCUCUCCGAUGGCGGCGGCGGAGCACGGCGGUGGGGCGAAUCGGGGGAAGAGGAGGAUGGAUUGGACGGAGUACUUGGAUCCCCAAAAGGAGAAAGACGACGGAGGCGGUGGAGCUGAGCCGGAGAUGGUGACGGAAUUGCCCCCCAAAAUGUUGAGACGUCACUUCUCGAAAUGCUCUCCAUGGAUGCAGUUGACUGCCGCUGGGAAAGAAAAGCCAAAUUUCUCCAAGAAAAGGAAGGAUGCAGCCCAUUCUCAAGGUAGGAUUGAAUCCAGAGGAGGCUGCAUAUCGGUUGCAGCAAAAGGACAGUCGAGAUGGAGCGAAUACUUGGAGGAAUUUGAUGGUUGCUCCCAAGGAGAGGAAUUUACCAGUCCAACUAGUGGUCAGGAGCCUUGGGGUGGACGAGAGAAUCUGUUACCUGAUAUGAGAGUGGAGGACGAAGUCCACCCUGACUUCCAGUAAUGGCUUAAAGCUUCUACAAAAUGGUGUUCUUUCUUGGCUUACAUGACUCGUUGCUUUGUUGGAGACAGGUAAAAGUAUGUUCCAAUAGUUUGUUAGGAUACUGAACUGGGCACCCAUUUCAUAAUCUAUUUGAGAAUCUUUAUCAUAUAUCCUGUGCCCUAAACUCAAUUGUCAACCCCACUUUAACUAUGAACACAUCAUGUACUCGUUCUGAAUAAUAGCAUGCAUACCUGCAUCCUCUCGUUAAAUUUGACAAUAUGCUAUACUCAUGCUGAUGUGCAAACUUUUAAGUAUUUUUGUUUUGCCCAAUCGCUUGGGUGUGGAUGUAAAGAAAAUAUAAAUAUAUAAAUAAAUUUAUCUCAUUCUAUCAGCUUAAGCUUUUAGAAAAAGUGGUGAUUUCAACAUGGUAUCAGAGCUGAAGUCCUGAGUUCGAACUCUGUCUCUGCACUCUUUAACCCAAUUAUUAAAAAUUUCACAUGUUGGGCUCAACCAUUAAAAAGAAAUCCGACCCAUAUGUGAGAGGAAGUGUAAGAAAAUAUAAAAUAUAUAAAUAAAUCUAUCUCAUUCUAUUAGCUUAAGUUUUUGGAAAAAGUGGUGAUUUCAACAGUGGAAGCAGGUGAUUGCUAGUGCUUUUUGAAAUUAAUGCCAUAUGUUUUUCUUCUAAUCAUGUGCUGUAACUUUAGUGUUAAAAAGGUGAUUUUUCUUUCUAGCAAUUAAGCGGAGAUAACUUGGUUCGGAUGCCCCUGAAGGAGUGGCCAAAGGAAGCAUUUUUCUAUCAUGAUGGUAUUGUUAUUGUUGUUGCAUGUUAAUAGUACUGUGUAAUUAUGCUUGGAAGCUUGGACUGUAUGCCUAAUUGGUUCAUUUGUUUUGGAAGUAUGGGUGCACAAUGCUUUGAUUUUGUUUUGAUAUAAAAGACCCAAGCUCUUUUUAUUUUGUUUGGUCAGUAACUACAAAUAAUAACUAAUAAUUAUUGAUUGUUGAGAAUUAUUCUUUGAUUUAAACUGAGAAUAUAUUUUUCGUGAUGAUUUCGAAAUAUAUAAUCCCCAUUACUCUUUUCUCGAUAAUUUUAUCUAUAUCUACAUUAAUCCAUAUAAAAAAAAGUUUUAAUUCAAUUAGGAAUGUAUCAUAU